CUCCACCAACCAACCUUACCUCCACCAUGGACUUUGAAGAAAACGAGGACAUCAACGGUGUGCGCUUCUCUUGGAACCAGUUCCCUUCGACCCGCGUGGAAGCCUCGCGCACGGUGGUGCCGAUGGGUGCGCUCUACACGCCGCUCAAGUACCGUGAAGACCUCCCAACUGCUGCCUACGAUCCUGUUUUGUGCCACCAGCAAAAUUGUAAAGCGCUCUUGAAUCCCUACUGCCAGAUCGACCUCCGUGCAAACCUCUGGAUCUGUCCGCUCUGCCAGAACCGCAACCCGUUGCCGCCACACUACCAGAACAUCACGCCGGAGUUUUUGCCUUUGGAGCUCAAUGUGCUGUCUUCCACCAUGGAAUAUGUCUUGACAAGACCGGUGCAGCAGCCGCCAAUCUUCCUCUUUGUGGUGGACUUGUGCCAGGAUGAGGAAAACCUUGCCGCCAUGAAGGAGACCUUGGUCGUUUCGCUUUCGCUCUUGCCACCAAACGCACUUGUUGGUUUAAUCACCUACGGCUCGACCGUCCAGGUGCACGACCUCGCAUCCUACGACCACAUCUCCAAGCAAUACGUGCUCCGCGGUGACAAGGAGUACACCAUGGAGCUGUUGACCGCCAUGUUGGCCGGCGUUGCGCUCGACCCGAAGGCUGCUGCUCCACACUUGGGCGCCAAUCCAACAGCAAAGUUUUUCGUUCCAUUGGAAGCGGUCGAGUUUCAGUUGACCACCAUCCUCGAAACCCUCAAGCGGGAUCCCUGGAAGGUUGCCAGCAACCGCAGAGCGUUGAGGUCUACGGGUUCCGCAUUGAACAUUGCUAGUCUCAUGUUGAAGGCCAACUUCAUGGGCUUCGGUGCGCGCAUCAUGUUGUUCGCUGCCGGUCCAUCGACCCUCAACCCGGGCUUGAUCGUGUCUGACGAGUUGAAGGAGCCAAUCAGAUCGCACUCUGAGAUCGACAAGGACACCGCCAAGCACUACAAGAAGGCGUCCAAGUUCUACGACUCUAUCGGCCAGAGGUGUGUGGCUAGCUCCCACACCAUUGACCUCUUCGCCGGGUGCUACGACCAAAUCGGGAUGGCCGAGAUGAAAAACUUGUGCCACAUGACUGGGGGUACCUUGUUGCUUUCCGAUGCCUUCACCACCUCCAUCUUCAAGCAGUCCUUUAUCCGCUUGUUCAACAAGGAUGAGGAGGGGUAUUUGCUCAUGGGCUUUAACGCGAACUUUGAGGUCAAGACGUCCAACCACAUCAAGGUUAGCGGCUUGAUCGGCCACGCGGCAUCCUUAGAAAAGAAAUCGGCUAACGUGGCCGAAACCGCUGUCGGGAUCGGUGGCACCAACGCCUGGAAGAUGUGUGCCAUUGCGCCAAACAACACCUAUGCGGUCUUUUUCGACGUUGCCAACACCCAGCCUCUCGCCCAGCCAACCACUUCCUACAUCCAGUUUGUUACGCACUACCAGCAUGCCUCGGGCACGUACCGCAUCCGUGUCACUACCUUGCCACAGCAGAUGGGACCAUCUACGGAUGUGAACUUGGCGCAGAGCUUCGACCAAGAGGCGGCGGCUGUGUUGAUGUCGCGUAUUGCGAUCCAGAAAUCGGAGGAAGACGACAGUGCUGACGUGUUGAGAUGGAUCGACCGCAUGUUGAUCCGCUUGUGCUCCCGCUACGCCGACUACAAUAAGGACGAUGCCAACUCCUUCAGAUUGAACGCGCAGUUCUCGUUGUACCCGCAGUUCAUGUUCUACCUCCGUCGUUCGCAGUUCCUCCAGAUCUUCAACAACUCGCCGGAUGAAACGUCCUUCUACAGACACAUCUUCUUGUCCGAGGACACCAACAACUCUCUCAUCAUGAUCCAACCGACGUUAACAGCGUUUUCGCUUGAGUUGGAGGAGCCAGAACCAGUGUUGCUUGACUCUGUGUCGAUCAAGCCAGACAGAAUCUUGCUCUUGGACACUUUCUUCCACAUUUUGAUCUACCACGGCUCCACCGUUGCUGCCUGGCGCAAGGCCGGUUACCAGGACCAGCCAGAGUACGCGUCCUUUGCUUCGUUGUUGCAGGACCCGAAGCGUGAGGCCGCCGAAUUGUUGGUAGACCGUUUCCCGUUGCCGAGAUUCAUCGACUGUGACGAGGGCGGGUCACAGGCCAGAUUCUUGUAUUCGAGAUUGAACCCGUCGACUGCGUAUAACAAGCCGGACGAUCCGUUUGGGAUGAGUGGCGGGGCUGGUGCAGUUGUGUUGACCGAUGAUGUUUCGUUGCAGACCUUCAUGGGGCACUUACAAAAGUUGGCUGUCAGCGGGUCGUCAUAGGUAGCUCCGCAGUAGAGGGCUUGGUCCCAUCUGAUGGUUCGGCGGGCAUAAACUGCUGGGCUGCGUAGACCCGUAGGUAGCAUGUUGCUUCUAUGGUAACCCCAUUGUUCUUUCUCCCAGCGUGCGUCGUUGGAUAAUAUAUUUUAAAAGUUGUUAUGCACUAGUUCGUAGGAAUAUGAUAUCUUUGGU